UACCCAAAAAAAGCUGCUCACUCUUUUCUUCACUCCCCUCUCUUUCUUUUUCUUCUGCCGAAACUUCCAUCCAUUCAUAAAGACCCUUUUAAACCUUUACAAUCCAGAAAGUGGUUUAUUUGAAUAUUUCUUUUAAGUAAAAAUGAGACUGGAGAGUAGUUUCAAGUCGUUGAAUCAGUACCGGAAGAAGAUGUUCAGGAGAGUAAAGGAGGCGGUGAUGAAGACGAAGAAGAAGAAGAAACAGACUAUGUUUCAGUACGAUCCAUCUAGUUACGCCUUGAACUUCGACGAUGGAGGAGAGGUUCCUCAAAGAUUCUCCGGCGACUUUAAACACGGGAAGAUAACUUUGAUUUACGUUGUCUCUGUCAAAUUUUGAGAAUUUCUCUUUCUUUCCUUUCACAUUCGGUUACAGUUUUGAAGCAGUCCACACUUGUUUCAGUGUCUCCCCCUCUCUCUCUCUCUC